UCUUUUGUGGGGUGGGGUUCAAGCCUCAGAUCAGGGCCUCAGGGGGAAGAUCAAUAGUAAAAAUUGAUUUUUUUUUCCCUCUUUAUUUUGUGGGGUAAUUUUUUAAGAAUAAAAUCAUCUUUUAAAGUUUUGAGCUUGGAGAGAAUAAGUUCAAAGAAGAGACAAGCUGACAUCAAAAGAUCAGAAACCCAGAUGUGGAAAAUUACAAGCAAGGAUUGAUUCGAACCUUCUCUUACAUGACAUAAAAAGAAAAGAUGGCAACUUUAGUUGAGCCUCCUAACAAAAUUAAGCCAAAGGGAAAGCAUUAUUAUACAAUAUGGCAAACAUUGUUCGAGAUUGAUACCAAGUACAUUCCAAUCAAGCCGAUUGGUCGAGGUGCAUAUGGCGUGGUUUGCUCUUCCAUCAAUAGGGAGACUAAUGAGAAGGUGGCAAUCAAGAAGAUUGGCAAUAUCUUUGAUAACUGUAUUGAUGCGCUGAGGACUUUGAGAGAGGUGAAGCUGCUAAGGCAUAUCCGGCACGAGAAUGUCAUUGCUUUGAAGGAUGUGAUGAUGCCAAUCCAGAGGACGAGCUUUAAGGAUGUUUACUUGGUCUAUGAACUCAUGGAUACAGAUCUUCACCAAAUUAUUAAGUCUUCGCAGCCACUCUCCAAUGAUCAUUGCAAAUAUUUCUUGUUUCAGCUGCUUCGAGGUCUCAAAUACCUUCAUUCUGCGAAUAUUCUGCACCGGGACUUGAAACCUGGAAAUCUGCUGGUUAAUGCCAAUUGUGAUUUGAAGAUAUGUGACUUUGGCCUUGCGCGAACCAAUGGAGCUGAGGGCCAGUUCAUGACAGAGUAUGUUGUCACCCGCUGGUAUCGGGCUCCAGAGCUCCUGCUUUGCUGUGAAAACUAUGGAACCUCUAUUGAUGUAUGGUCAGUGGGAUGCAUUUUUGCUGAGAUUCUUGGAAGAAAGCCAAUCUUCCCAGGAAGUGAGUGCCUCAACCAGCUGAAACUGAUCAUAAGUGUACUUGGAAGCCAGCAAGAGUCUGAUCUUGCAUUUAUUGAUAACCAGAAGGCUAGGAGGUUUAUCAGAUCACUGCCGUAUACAAGGGGUAGACCCUUUGCUCAACUAUUUCCACAAGCCGACCCAUUAGCAAUUGAUUUGUUGCAAAAGAUGCUAGUAUUUGAUCCAACUAAGAGAAUUUCUGUCUUAGAAGCACUCCAGCAUCCGUAUAUGGCUGGCCUGUAUGAUCCAAGACUUAACCCUCCUGCUCAAGUUCCAGUCAAUCUUGACAUAGACGAAAACUGGGGCGAAGAGAUGAUUAGAGAAAUGAUGUGGAAUGAGAUGCUUCAGUAUCAUCCUGAAGCUGCUUCUGCCAAUGUUUGAAGGUUAUUCUUCCAAGGCUUCUAGACAUUUUUUGUGUCUAGAAGUAGUUCUGUUUUUCCAUAGGGAAAAAUAUCUUAAGGACUUAGCUGCCAAAUUUUGUACUUGCAUAAAAAGACUGUUUAUUUUGUUAGAUGUCCCCAUAAGGUAAAAUGUCAUCUUGUAACUGAAGUUGUAAAUAUCCGUGCUUACUGUUCUAGUCAUGUGGUAAAUUUCUGCUUGCAA